AUGAAAUCAAAACAACUCGAGUGGAUGUUGUCUGACAUGCGUGGAUUUCAGAAUCCAGACAUAAAACUCGAACAGUACGCGACUUCGCCCGAAAUAGCAAUGGCUAUCAUAGAUAGCAUAGAUAGACUCGUUGGACUGGACGGACAAUUGGUUGCUGACCUUGGUUGCGGAUGUGGAAUGCUCAUGUCCACUGUUGCCUUAGCAUACCAACCAACAAUGAUCAUAGGAUUCGAAAUAGACAAGCAGGCGCUUGCAAUCUGCAAAGAAAACUUAGAGGACCUAGAAAUUGAAGAUCGCUGUGAGUUAGUUAACAGCGAUGUUCUUCAAAUAUCAAGUAGUCUUCACAGUCAAUUUGACGUCAUAGUCAUGAAUCCACCAUUUGGAACAAAAAGUAACGUAGGAAUCGAUAUGCAGUUCGUACGAGCUGGUCUUAUGAUGUUAUCUCCAGGUAGUAGCCUAUUUUCCCUACAUAAGUCUUCAACACGUGACUACAUUCUCAAAACUGCAAAUAAGUGGAGCGGUAUGGAUGCACGCUGUGUGGCGAAGUUGAAAUGGAACCUGCCUACCACUUAUAAAUUUCAUAAGAAAAAGUCGGUGGAUAUAGAUGUGGAUCUAAUACAUUACAAGAAAGUUCCAUAA